AAUCAUUUUUUAUAAUUAAUAAUCAGGAUAACAAUAAAAGGCAUGAGACUUGCAAGUUAAAGCCACAUUUAGCUCAGCAUUAAUAUACAUAUUAAUCUUAUCUUGGGGGAAAGAAUUUAAAUAAUUAUUAUAUACAUCUUGAUAUAUAUGCAAUUUCUUCGUUGAUUAUUUUUCUCCAAGAUGCAAGACAAUAAUUGUGAUCAUCAUCAAGAAGAGAAGAUGAAGCACCACCAUGAUUACUACUACCCACUUCCUGGUUCAGAUUGUUCUGCUGCAAAAACUGAUGAAGCAGCUGAAUCAAGCUUCUACAGGCAGCACAUAUCAGAAGAAGAAGAGAGUAUUUCAAACCAAAGAAGCAUCUCUCAUCUCAACAACUAUGCGCUUGCCGGUGCUAUUUUGGCUUCCACAAACUCCAUUCUCUUAGGCUAUGAUAUUGGGGUGAUGAGUGGUGCUGUGAUAUACAUAACAAAGGAUCUCCACAUCAAUUCAGUUCAAGUUGAAAUCCUUGUUGGGUGCUUGAAUGUGUGUUCGUUGAUUGGUUCUCUAGCCUCUGGAAAAACCUCUGAUGUGAUUGGAAGAAGGUACACAAUAGUCCUAGCAGCAGUUACAUUCUUCAUAGGUGCCUUGUUAAUGGGGCUAGCACCUUCAUUCCCAUUUCUCAUGGCCGGCCGUGUUGUCGCCGGCAUAGGUGUUGGCUUCUCCCUCAUGAUUGCCCCUGUCUAUGUCGCCGAGCUCUCCCCGGCUCUCACUCGCGGCUUCCUCACUUCCCUACCUGAAGUUUUCAUCAAUCUUGGCAUUCUUCUUGGUUACAUAUCUAACUAUGCUCUAUCAAGCCUUCCAUGUACCAUCAAUUGGAGACUCAUGCUUGGCCUUGCAGCAAUUCCGGCCGCUUUUGUAGCAUUCGGCGUCUUAUUGAUGCCUGAAUCGCCUCGUUGGCUUGUGGUUAAAGGAAGGUAUGAAGAAGCGAGAGAUGUUUUGAUUAGAACAUCAGAGAGCAAAGGAGAAGCAGAAUUAAGGCUUUCUGAGAUAUCAGAAGCUGCAGAUUCUUCUAGAAAUGAGAGUAAUGGAAAAGGGGUAUGGAAGGAAUUGCUUGUUACACCUUCUAGGCCUGUGUUGAGGAUUCUUGUUGCUGCCAUUGGAGUUAACUUCUUCAUGCAAGCUUCAGGGAACGAUGCUGUGAUGUAUUAUAGCCCUGAAGUGUUCAAGGAAGCAGGGAUCAAUGGUGAGAAGGAGCUUCUGUCUGUUACAAUUAUAAUGGGAUUUGCAAAGACAUGCUUUGUUUUCUUGUCAUCAUUGUUCUUGGAUAGGUUUGGGAGGAGGCCCAUGUUGUUGUUGGGCUCCAUUGGGAUGGCAGCCUCAUUGUUUGUAUUGGGCCUGGGCUGUAACUAUCUCCAAUUCUCAGAUGAGAAGCCCUUAUGGGCCAUAGCAACGUGUGUGGUUGCACUUUGUUCAAGUGUGUCAUUCUUCUCAAUUGGGCUUGGGCCCAUUACUUGGGUGUACUCAUCAGAGAUAUUCCCUUUGAGACUGAGGGCCCAAGGUUCAAGCUUGGCUAUUUCAGUGAACCGUUUGAUGAGUGGGGUGGUGUCUAUGACUUUUCUAAGCAUUUCAGAGGCUAUUACUUUUGGGGGAAUGUUUGGUGUGCUUGCUGGUGUAAUGGUGGUUGGGACAAUAUUCUUUUAUUUUUUUCUUCCAGAGACCAAAGGGAAAAGCUUAGAGGAGAUUGAAGCAUUGUUUGAAGAUGAAGGAAACACUAGUUUGAGACUAAGGUGAAUGCAACUUUGGUCAAAACUCAAGAGUUUCAUUAUAUUGUGAACAUAUAAGAUCAUGGAUAUAAGAAGGGUGCUGUUGUCAACAGUGUUGACAAAUAUUGCAAUUUUUGUGGGGUUUUUUUGUUGUUUUGUGAAGGAAUUCAUUUUAGACAAAUUUGUUGA